AUGUCAUCGUCAUCAUCGAGCAAUGCCUACGACGUGCCAUGGGUAGAAAACUAUCGUUCCAGCAAUGUCAUCAACAUCGUCGACAAUGAGGACACCGUCUCUAGGCUCCAAGUCAUCGCUCGCGAUGACAACAUGCCCAAUCUCAUUUUAUUCGGUCCUCCCGGAACCGGCAAAACCACUAGCAUUAUUGCUCUUGCACACGAGCUUCUCAGAGGACCAAAUUACAAGGAAGCUGUUCUUGAACUAAACGCUUCGAAUGAUAGAGGAAUUGAUGUUGUGAGGAACAAGAUCAAGAUGUUUGCUCAGAAGAAAGUCAUGCUGAGCUCGAGGAGGCACAAGAUAGUGAUACUGGCUGAAGUUGAUAGGUGA